AUGCACCUUAUUAAAUGUGUACGUAAUCGUCUUUACAAUAGCAAAUCUUUACGUUUGCACCCUGAUAGCGACAGCGUAUCUUGGAAAUACUAUGAAGAGGUGUAUAAAAACGAUGUAGUACAUCCUGCAAAGUUAAGAAUGAUUCCAAAAAUAACUCCCAGCCAUCUAAACCUUACUUCUAUGUCUAAUAUGAGAGUUCGCCUUUGUACACAGAAAUUUAAGGAUGCCAUUAACUACUUGAAUUGUUGUGAAAAUGAAAUGUAUGCAGGGCGCAUAACACCAGCAAUUCUUAACGCUGCAGACAUCACAAGGUGUCUUCGUGUAACAUUGCAGUCAACUAUUGACUUAUCAACUUAUUUACUAGAAUACUACGUUCUCACUGGAAAAAUGUGCCAGGAUCCUUUAGAGAAAUUCUUUGGAAUUAUGCGCCAGUCUGCGGGGCCGAAUGAUCAUCCGACUACCCCUAUUUUUCUACAUCUAUAUAAGAUACUGUCUGUGUAUUCUGUAUUGAAACCACCUAAACAAGGCAAUUGCACUAUUACAAAAGCAGAUGUUCCAAAAGUAUCUUUAGCAGAUCUACGUGACAUAUUUGAAAAUAAAACCUCUGAGAGGUUUAAUAAAAUUGAAAAAUUAAAAGCUAAAUUGGACAGUCUUAUAGAAGACAAUAAGUGGGAAGCAUGUGAUGUAUUACCUGACAUGGAAUCUAAAAGUGAAUCGAGCAUCAGAGACUGUUUGGUAUAUUAUGUGUGUGGAUAUGUUACCAGAACAAUACUAAAACAUAAGAAAUGUGAAAAAUGUAUAGAGUUUUUGAGAAGUGGCGACAUUAAUCAUCAGUUGGGUGAAUUAGUAGAAGCCAAAUCAAGAGGUCAAUUAAUACAUCCCAAUAAGUAUCUAUUUGACUUUCUAAGCUCAGUUGAACAUUCCUUUUCUGAACAUUGUACUGAUAUUGAUGUUUUUGAAAAAGUAGUAAGUGACAUUACUCAAAAUAUUCAAUUUAAGUUCAGCUGUAGAUUACAUUUGGUUAAAGUAACUACAGAAAUUAUUGUUUAUUACAUUCAGAUGAGGAUGAGGCAAUAUUCUUAUCAGGAGAACCUUAAAUGUAAAAAAAUAUCAAAAUUAUAUCAUACUUAA